AUGUCAAGACUAUGGAUGUGUGCAACGGGCUUUAUUAUAGUUCUAAGUAUUGCGAUACAAAUAGAAGCAGUCACAGUGAACCCUUUGUGUCCUACUAAUAAAAUUGCGCCUCAUCGUAGGGUGAGGCGUUUCAAAAACUCCCAGCCCAGAACAUUUUACGCGUAUUACGAUUUAUUGAGACCCGGUGGGUCUUACAAUGCACCCAGCAUAUUGGAAGAAAAGCCCCAGGAGGACCCUGAAGAUUGUGGAGAAAUAGAGGAUUAUGAUGAAAACGACGUCAGUUCAGCUACAACUAGGAGAGGUAUUCCUACAUCCAAUAGAAAAUAUGGUUUUUAUAAUCACUUUGGUUUCUAUCGCCCAACACAUACAACAAGUGCUCCUAAUAGACAAACUCGACCCCCUUCAGGUGGAUACUUUGGAAAUAACGCAUACAAUCCACCCAAGCCUUUGAAUCCUACAGCUUAUUUAAAACCAGUACGCGAGGAGGGUCAUGAACCACAUAUGACGUAUAAACCUGGUUUAGUCGGAGGUCCUAGUGGACACAUUAUAGGACUCCACCAAGUUAAACCAACAAGAGCUCACUUGGAAUCUACUACACAUAAGAAAAAGUAUGAAAACCAUGUACACGAUUCCACAAUCAGAACUAACAGACAUACCAAUAAAAAGAAACCCAAUGGAGAUCCAGGCAUAAUAGCUUCCUUUAUUGAUUUAUUUUCCAAAUAA